AUGAUUACUGCUGAGGAGUUUGCUGCGGGGGCGCAGAUGCUGGCGGCGGCCUGGGGGCGGUGCUUGGCGGGCGACACGCAGUGGUGCUGGCAGGCCUCGACGCACCCCUUUGCGGCAUCUGUGCGCACCGUGCUGCCGCCGCCGCUGCCGCCCGAGGCAGCACCGGCAGCAGCAGGAGCGCUGCCACCAACUGACCAGCCAAGCUCGGCCCAGCGCAAGGCUGGAUCACCAGGCCCAGCCAGCACAAGCAGUGGGGAUGUGGGGUUUGCAAUUCAGGAGGAGGAGGAGGAUCCAGCCAGCGUGGCAGGGAGCCCAGCCGGGUCCUCCUCGCCGCCGCAGCUCCUGACGCUCACCUGUCACGUCGCCUACCAUCCCUCCUACCGAGUCCCUGUGCUAUACUUUGAGGCUGUGGGCCCGAAUGGCGUGCCUCUGGGCCUGGGGGCUGAGCACCCGCUGCUGCGCAGGCCCUUCUACAUGCUGCACCCCUGCCAGACUGAGGCAAUCAUGCAGCUGCUGACCAACCCAGAAGACGACUCGCAGUUGGAUGGGGCGCCUGCCGCCGCUGCUGCUGGAAGUCGAGAGGCCACUGGCGCCACGGCGCUGCCACCGCAAGCUGCACCUGCCGCGCAUGGGCGCAUGCUGCGAUACCUGCUGGCGUGGCUCAGUGUGGCCGGCCAGCCGCUGGGGCUGAGCCCGCCGGUGGAGCUGUGGCUGCAAGCUUCUUCCUAG